CAACUCAGCCAACGAUGUCAAUAGACAUCACAAGCCGACGUUAGAUGAGUGUCGACUGCGGCCAUGUAGACAGAGAUACCAUCUUUGGGUGGGAUGGUCCCGACGAGAUCGAUCAUAAAAAAACGGAGAAGAGAGAAGGACGGAAUCAUGUACCUAUCUGUGGAUGAAAGCGUGAUACCAACGUAUUCAUGCUGGGAGGAACGGGAAGCGAGAUGCUGGUUGUCCAUCGAGUUGAAAAACCUGAACACGGCAUAUCCGGCCCGAUCUUUCCCUCACUCGCCAGCCAAUCUACACCGCUUACAUCUUGAUGAACCUGCGAAGCCAACACUCUCGUCAUUCAAACUAGGAGACGCAGUGCAAGGACCCAUGACUCAAACCUCAAGGACCUUUCUUACACAUACAGCCAUCCUAUACCACCAACUACGAAGGGAAAUCGAGCAGGACGUGUCGAUAGAUCCAGGUCACGUAGCCCUAGAAUUUCAUAGCAAAGACACCAGGAUUUUGUCCUGUUUGAAACAGUCGCUUACCAUAGCAUAUUCCUUCAGAUCUAAUAGGAAGGAAAACUGGGUUGAUUGGCCAUCUCCGCUGAUAUAGCUCAGGUAAAUAGAAGUAAACUACUCCUAUCGACCUCGAUGGGGAGGAGUGCAUCAAUGCCGAUGCAAGCCCGAUGGGGAUGAUCAGUAAUCUGAACACGGCAUUUUCGGGCUGAUCCUUCCUUCUCACGAUGGAACCCGCCUCGUCUCUCUGGCUCUCUACCGGGCUCCCUGAAGCAAGUCUGCGCCACCUUCACCUCGACGACCCCGCCAAGCCGAUAUCGUCUUCGUUCAAACUGGGAGACGCAGCACAGGUACCUGUCUUUUCAACUACCGAGUGCUUUCUUAUGCAUUCUCGCA